UAAAUUAUAAAAGAAUCAAUGAAAUCUGAUACGACUAGUACUUUUACGAUAAACUAUAGACGCAUAGCAUCGAUGGCGUUAUAUUCGAUUAAAUUAUAACUUUGAUCGUUAUAGUCUUUUGCUACUGAAUGUGUAUCAAAUAACAUAUGAUAAGGUCCGUACGAUACGUGUUAAUAUUAUUUACAUUAAAAAAUUGAGUUGUGAACGUCAGAAAGUGCGUUCAACAUACCCUGUCGAGUGCAAAAUCGUUGAGAAGGUAUUUGCUGUUGUGCAUCAAUAUGGCGGGGAAUCUUGAGGAAGAGCAAAGUUUAAGAGAGUGCGAGGAAUACGUGCAGAGACACAAUAUUCAACAAGUUUUAAAAGACUGUAUAGUGCAACUGUGUGUUGGACGUCCUGAAAAUCCCAUAUCCUUCUUGAGGGAAUAUUUUCAGAAACUAGAACGGGAACAGGCUCAUGAUGCCAAGCAACAAAUCGCGACUAGUCCCGAAGAUACGGAGGACAUACCCGCGGGUCAGCAAGGUCCUCAAGUACCAAGGCGUAGAGGUGGCAUCUCCGCGGAGCCGGUCUCCGAGGAGGAUGCGACCAGUUAUGUCAAGAAGGUCGUGCCUAAGGACUACAAAACGAUGGCUGCUCUGAGCAAGGCCAUCGCUAAAAAUGUUCUUUUCGCCCAUUUAGAUGAGAACGAACGUUCCGACAUAUUCGACGCUAUGUUCCCAGUCACGUUUUUGCCAGGGGAGGCAAUCAUUAGGCAGGGGGACGAGGGCGACAAUUUCUAUGUGAUCGAUCAGGGGGAAGUCGAGAUAUUCGUCAACGGUGAGCUAGCGACCACGAUCGGGGAAGGUGGGAGUUUUGGUGAAUUGGCGCUGAUCUACGGCACGCCGCGUGCAGCGACCGUCCUAGCGAAAACAGACGUUAAGUUAUGGGGCAUCGACAGAGAUUCUUAUCGCAGAAUCCUUAUGGGUUCCACUAUAAGGAAGCGAAAGAUGUACGAGGAGUUCCUUUCCAGAGUAUCAAUAUUAGAAUCUUUGGAUAAGUGGGAACGGUUGACGGUGGCUGAUGCUUUAGAACCGGUGGCAUUUGAUGACGGCGAGACGAUAGUUCGACAGGGUGAACCGGGUGAGGACUUUUAUAUAAUUGUAGAGGGCACCGCUGUGGUCCUUCAACAACGCUCGGAGAAUGAGGAACCAGCAGAAGUGGGUCGUUUAGGGCCAUCUGAUUACUUCGGUGAGAUCGCAUUGUUAUUAGAUAGGCCACGGGCUGCGACAGUCGUAGCUCGGGGUCCCUUAAAAUGUGUAAAACUGGAUAGGGCAAGGUUCGAAAGAGUCUUGGGCCCCUGCGCAGAUAUCUUGAAACGCAACAUUACCCAAUAUAACAGUUUCGUUUCCUUAUCCGUAUAAAUUAUUCUCCAAGUGUCAGUUAUUCUGAUUUUCAUUGUGGAACUACCGUUUCACUAUAACUGUUAACAAUUUUUUAUUUAAGUAAUAUAUAAGUGAUAACUAGACCGCGGACGUUCAUGCAAAUUUAGAUUAUUUCCAGAUCAAUUUAGAAAAGCAGGAAUCAAAUCAACUUCGUUCACCUCCGAUCCUUAGUAGAUUUAACGUAAAAUAGAAGCUGUAUUGAACUUGAUUUAGGUCAUUAAUUUAUCGUAUUUUCUGAAUUGAUGUAUGGUAGAAGUAUUUGAAUUUCUGUGGUCUAGUAGUAACUAUAUUACGUCAGCCAAUAUGUGCGUUAAGAAUUGUAAUAUACGUUAACCGUCUUUUAAAUGCAUCCAUGUCGUCAUCGAUUGUGUUCCCGUUAAUGUUGUACAUUACGGUUGAAGUUUCAGCUCACGCAUCUGGGUGAGCUGCCAAUAAAAUUGUUGAUGUAAAUUUAGAGCGAAUUCUUAUCGAUGCUGUAACAUCUAACGGAGAUUUAUGAUUCGUUUGCUCAAAGAAUCAGAUCAACGUUGCCACACUUUUGAUUAGCACUGCGACAAAUAUCUUAGGGUUAUUCUUUUCAAAUCAUAAUUUCAGUAAUUGUUAAUUUUGUUCGCGCAAUGUUUAACAAGAUUACGCGGUGUUUUUGAAAGAUGGUAACAGUAUAAUUAUAUAUAUACAUAUAUAUAAUUCUGGUUUACACUAAAUGAGAACGAUUGGAAACGCUCUGCGAAAUGUAACGUUAUUACGCACUUUGUAAUUGUCAACACGGCCGUGUACAACGUCGGUCUUUUAGUCUUUUACACGAAUGUUUCUUGAAAGUAUUAAAACACAAACCACGGGAACUCGAGAAUCUCGGUAAAACGCGCGUUUACUUCAUGAAAUAUUUAUGUUCGAAGGGAUUAACAAAAAAUUUCGUCGCGUUACUAUGAAUCGUUUGGAAUUUGAAAUUCUGAACUUUCAUUUUUUUGUUUGUUAUGGCAGUAUUUAAUUUUUGUUAUUUAUUGCAUUAAAUUCUAUUCAAGCGAUCUUGAUCGUUCCGUAAGAAUGUUUGGAAUAUGUAUAAUUAUUAUUAUAUGCAUUUCAUGAUGUAGCGAUCAAUUCGUACACGUAUAUGUGUAUGAUCUAGGAGGAAGAAAUAUAAAAAGAGAAGUAUAUCAAACCUGAAUAUUUGUAUAAUAUCGAAUUUAAAUAGCUCUAACGUAGCUUCGCACAAUUUUAUCAGUAAUUCUUUUUUUUUUCU